AUGAUACCUCCGGAAGAUGAACCGUUGUGGCCCGAUAUCGCUCUUCGCAUGUUAACGAACACUGUUUCACAUCCAAUUGAAUAUGCUAAAGUUUUAAUACAGAUUGGAUAUGAACCGAUUCCACCACGGCCGACAACUACUUUAUUAGGACAACCGGCUUUGGCUUUACCUAAUGUUUUUCAAUACGUUAGGUACAUAAAAAGUGUGGAUGGCUUUACAGGCUGUUAUUGUGGCCUAAUACCAAAAUUAUGUGCCUAUACUGUAAGUGCUGUAGCUUUCGAGAAAACCUCGAAAAUAAUGAAAUUUAGCGACGAACGUAAUACAGAGAGUUACGAUGAAUGUCAAAGAGAAGAAAUCGAACGUAAGAAUUGCAUAUAUCAAUUCAUACGAGAUCUAAUUAGUAGAACAAUUGGAAUUAUACUUAGUCAUCCGCUGGACGUUAUAGCAUUGAGGAUGAUGGCACAGUUUGUUGGUGGAGAAAGAAAAUACAACGGAUUAUUUAGAUCAUUUGUGGAAGUGUACAAAGAAAAUGGGGUUAUGGGAUAUUAUGCAGGGUUAGUGCCCCGUCUCAUUGGAAAUGCUGCAGCAUUGGUACUAGUCAGUUCUUCUACUUAUCUUAUCGAUAAAUAUGUUAUAAGCGAUCGUGCAUUAAAACCAUUCGUAGUUUCCACUAUGAGAUUUGUAGCAACAACAAUUACCUAUCCCUUUUUAGUGGUAUCACACUGUAUGGCAGUUAAUAAUUGCGGGUUAAUUGCGGGUCUUCCUCCUCAAAUGCCAGUUUAUAAUAGCUGGUUGGAUUGCUGGUCUCAUCUUUCAGCUACCAAUCAGCUGAAAAGAGGAAACAGUCUUAUAUGGCGUUAUUAUACAGGACCACAAGUGAUAAUUAAUGGAAAGCCAAUACCUAUUAAUAAAUAUAAUUUCCAGUUACAAAGUACAACAUAGUAAUAACAUUACAUUAACUUGUAUUUGAAAGACUAACAGUAAAAUCACUCCUGUGCUAUACAUAUAUAUUUUAUUUUUGGUAAAGUUACUACCAUAGUACAUUCUUUGCAUUCAAAUACUUCACUAAAUUGAUCGAAGUCGCGAUUAUACUAAGAACUGAUAAACGACUUUUUUCUUAGGUAUUCUGUACCACCGAAAAAUAUCGUUUACAUUUUAAACUGAUUGACGCACAAGCAUUCAGUGAAUAUAAGUAUUAAUAAAUAUGAUUUAUCAUUUCCGUAAUCCACAUUCGCUUCUGUAUCCAAUAAUUGCAUUUAAAUUGUUGUUUAAAUAAAAUAAUGUUUUUCAAAA